AUGGCCAAAAUCGGGGAACUUCCUAACGACGCACUCGUGGACACUUCUGUCCGCAGGCAGGAUUCGGAACUGUCGCGUUCUUCCUGUCUGUCGCCGUCGCCAGACGACUCUCUGAAUGAGGAGUCGCAGCCUAUCAUAGAAAAGGCGAAGUCGCUUAUUGACACGCUGAAAACGGAGCGAAUAUUAGACUCAAGCGUGCACCCCUCGUCCCCCAACGCAAACACCUCUAGUGGCAGGGACCUGGGCGUGCGCAGUCAUUCGGAGUCGCCUAGGGCUUCGGAUGCGCUUAGCAAGGAUACAGAGUCCAAGCGCGAGAUUGUUCAGAGUUUAGAGUCUUUGGUCCAGCUUGCCUCAAAAGCAAGAGAGCAAGCGAAGCAGUUAAGGUUCAAGAACUUUAUGCUUACGGCAGGUCUCAGGGAUACAAAUUCGCGCUUCGAGGUGGAAACUAGUCUCACCAAACAGCAAUUCGAAAGGAUAAGGUGUCAGCUCGUGAUGGAAUGUCAGGAGCUUCAGGAAAAGGUGCAUCUACAAGAUCUCAAGCUAUCAAAAUAUAAAGAGACUAUCAUUGAGAAAAACAAAGAAAUAAACAAACUGGGGCGAUUCCUUAACGAUUCGGGGCUUGGGAAGUCUCUGCACGUCAGAAAUACGCCGCAAUCGGUUACCAAAAAAGCCCACCUGGAUAGGACUAGCAAAGCACAGCGCAAAGACUCUGGCAUGCUGGCCACACUUGGUUUGCUGGCUUCCCAGGUCUUGGGCGAUAAAAGUGAACAUAGCGUCAAUGUUGACAAUACCGAAUCAGAUAUAUCCCAUGACAGCUUUUCUAAUCAAACGCAGGGCAAUAAGGCACAAGCAGCAAAGCCAUUUCUUAGCACUCCGAUUCUCCCUAAAAUCACAAGAACCUCUUUUACGUCACCUCAUGAUGACACGUCUUCCGAACAUCAGUUUCAAAUUCCAAAGCUUCGGAGUUUUAGUACUCUGGAAGACUCUCUAAAGGACCCCCAAUAA